GCCCAUCCUAUAAAUUACUUUGGUAGCUAGUCUCUUUGGUAUUACUGUUCAGCUGAUCUGUUAAAACAUAUCCGAGCAGUGAACUCGGAGAUGGCAAGAAUGGAGCUUGCACCGCUCAGACCAUGGGACGACUUCUUCCCAGGAGCUGAUCGUUUUGCUAAACCCGAUUUCGGAGAUUUAGCUAAAUGGAACAACAGGGUGAUCAGCAACUUGUUAUACUAUCAGACCAAUUACUUCGCAGUGGCCAUCGUGGUUUUCCUGGUCGUGGGAUUUCUGAACCCUCUUGGCAUGUUUCUGGGCGGAGCAGUGGUUUCUCUGGUCUUCAUGGUUUCGGUGUGGGCAGGAGAGAACAAGAAUUUCAUCAAGAACUUCAAGAAGAAAAACCCCACCCUGUUUGUCAUUGCUGUCAUGGGAACGAGCUACUUCCUGCUGUCACUAUGUGGUGGAGUGAUGGUCUUCAUCUUUGGAAUUACUUUUCCCUUGCUGUUGAUCCUGGUUCAUGCGUCUCUGAGGCUGCGCAACAUGAAGAACAGGCUGGAGAAUAAGAUCGAGGGAGUGGGCAUGAAGAAGUCCCCAAUGGGCAUCAUCCUGGAUCUACUAGACCAACAGGAGGAGAAGAUCAACAAGAUCCAGGACUUCCUGGAGUCUAAGCUAAACAAGGAGUGAGGGGAGAGAGCCAAAAUGGCACCCUCAUUCAAUUCAACAUGGUUUGCUUUUUCCUUUAACACUAAAAUCAAGUGUUGAUUUUUACCCCGCAUAAUGUCAGUGCUGUCACAUUCCCUUCAUUUGUCAUUCUCACUCCAUUUUGUUAUAUUGAAUGAACACUUUUUUUUAUACAUUUUGUGUCAAAGUACCUGAUUUCUUUAGAGCAUUUCAGAAAGAUUUGUACAGUCCUGUAUGGAUCACAUGCUGGGGGAAGGCACUCGGCACAAUGAAAUGAGGCAUGAGUGUUUCUGUAUAUUUGCCCAAUAAUGUUCAGAGGAACACAAUACACAUGUUGUCAUUAUGUAAUUGCAAUAUAUAUAAAGCUGCAUGCCAGAAUGCAAUAACUAUUGCACGUUAAAACAAUUGUGUUCAGUAGCAUAGCUUCUAGAUUUAUUAUAAAAAUUUAAAAAAGCAAAUAAUUUAAUCAGAAUCAAUUUAUUUGCUACCUCAGAAGACAAACUCUAUAUUUCCUCUCCUAAUGCUGAACUAGUGUUACUGGGCUCCCCUUCUAUUCACUGGACCAGUGACUGCAUAUUAACACGGAGCAAUAAUAUCCCUCUUGUUACUUCAGACCCUGUGGGUUGGGCUUGAGAUGAACAUUAUCAGCUCAUGGCUAUGCAAUAUGGGAAAAUGAAUGGCAAAUGCAGCUUUAUUAAUUCAAGUAAUCAUGGUGUAUAUGUUUACGUUCUGCUUUCAUGUCUCAUUGAAUCUUCUCUACUUGUGUAUUCAGCAGAAAACAAAUGUUUGCAUUACAAAAAACAGUGUCAGGCACCAAAGCAUUGCUGGAAAAAGAAUCGAUGCAUGAAUGUUACCUCUGUACUAUUAAAUAGUUCUGAUUAUUUCCCCUCAGUAGCAGAUCUGAGAUUUUAUUCUAAAUCCACCAUAGUCAAUAGCCUAUCCAAUUCCAGGGAUCACCAUUUAGUAAUAGAUGAAUAUGAAGAUUUUAUGAGCUAUUUGUGUUGUUUAGGACUGACACAGAUGCAGUCUUCCAAAGAACUAAGGAGAAUCACAGUUUGUAUCGGACAUAGCCAAAUUGCUUUUAGGAAAAAGGUGUGCACGCUAAUACUAUGGUUACAGUUUCACAGAUGAGUUCAGAGAAGGUUCUAUUAUAACGAUGUUAUAACUGAUUUUGUUUUUGUGUGUAAGUAUUUCUAUUGAUGAGUAGUGAUAACAUAACUACAGACUUGGAAGCAGAGCACUGUGUUCCACCAUAACAAUAAAACUUAAUUUAAGGAAUCAAUAUUGUCUUUUAACUAUGUUAAUUAAUGAAGAAACCAUUGAAAUAUUAGACAUUUUGAUUGUACACUGAUUUUUAAUGUCAACACUCAUUAGAAUUAUGAGUUGUUAAGAUGGACUGUUCCAUGAAACAGAAGUCUGAUUUGAAAUCUAGCUUCUGGACCACUGGCCCACAGUGUUUUACACAGUAAAAGACAAAUCCUAUACUCUAUGUUCUGGGGUUCAGCUGUUUGCAAUUGCAAAGCGGACAGCAGACACCAGUGGUUUUGAAAAUCUGUAGAUGAAAGACCUGUCAUCAGUAGAUGAUGCAUUAUGGAUUUGCCCACACUCAUUUGGGAGUGUUCAAAGUAAAUUAAUUUUACCUAAACAAACUUAAUUAUUAAUUGAGACUACUUAUACUAUGCACAUUGUAUGGUGCAUUUUCCAGCUGUAGACUCAUAUCCAAAUACCAUACUAGUUCUUCCAAACCUCAAGGAACAAAAGGUGUUCUGCCUGAUGAGGCAAACUAGUGUUACAAGUGCAAGCAUAUUAUUGUUAAUGAAGAGAUUAAACAUGUUAAACAAACACAGAAAUAAAGGUAUUGUAGAUUCCUCA